ACGUCAGACGCAAUGGGCCGGCGUUGCUGCUGCUGCUGCGGCUAGAGCUGGAGGAGCGCAGGAGACUAGUCAGUGUACAUCCAGUGUGAGCGGAUCACGUUGGAGCCGCAGCUUGUUGUGGCGCCCUCCUCCUCCUCCGCGGAACGAGCCCGGCCGCCGGGUGUUUCUGUACGUCGCGGGGGGCAGCGCCUCUUGCCGCAACCCCCCGAUGCCCACGUUAUGUCGCCAUAGAUUAGGUUGAUGGGUCUCCUAAGGAUUAUGAUGCCGCCCAAGUUGCAGCUGUUGGCGGUGCUGACCUUCGGGGUCGCGAUGCUCUUCCUGGAGAACCAGAUCCAGAAGCUGGAGGAUUCCCGGGGAAAGCUCGAGAGGGCAAUCGCACGUCAUGAAGUACGGGAAAUAGAACAGCGCCAUUCCAUGGAUGGAUCCCGACAAGAGGUCCCGCUCGAUGAAGAUGACGACAUUUUGAUUAUUUAUAAUAGAGUUCCCAAGACUGCCAGCACUUCGUUCACAAACAUAGCCUAUGACCUAUGUGCAAAAAACAAAUACCAUGUGCUUCACAUUAACACCACCAAAAAUAACCCAGUGAUGUCACUUCAAGACCAGGUGCGCUUUGUCAGGAAUGUAAGCUCAUGGAGAGAAAUGAAGCCCGGCUUCUACCACGGCCAUAUUUCCUAUUUGGACUUUGCGAAAUUCGGAGUCAAGAAGAAGCCUAUUUAUAUAAAUGUUAUUAGGGAUCCCAUAGAGCGGCUUGUUUCUUACUACUACUUCCUUCGAUUUGGUGAUGACUAUAGACCAGGGCUGCGCCGGAGGAAGCAAGGAGAUAAAAAGACCUUUGAUGAAUGUGUAGCAGCUGGAGGAUCUGACUGCGCUCCAGAGAAACUUUGGCUCCAGAUCCCGUUCUUUUGCGGCCACAGCUCUGAAUGCUGGAAUGUGGGGAGCAGAUGGGCGCUGGACCAAGCGAAGUACAACCUGGUUAACGAAUACUUUCUUGUUGGCGUGACCGAGGAGCUUGAAGAUUUUAUCAUGCUGCUGGAAGCUGCAUUGCCUCGUUUCUUCAGAGGUGCCACAGAGCUUUACCGUUCAGGUAAAAAGUCCCACCUAAGAAAAACAACCGAGAAGAAGGCACCUUCCAAGGAGACCACUGCAAAACUUCAGCAGUCAGACAUCUGGAAAAUGGAAAAUGAAUUUUACGAGUUUGCACUUGAGCAGUUCCAGUUUGUCAGGGCGCACGCAGUACGAGAAAAAGACGGAGAACUGUACAUUCUGUCACAGAACUUUUUCUAUGAAAAAAUUUACCCAAAGUCAAACUAAGGGCACAGUGCGCUGUGACUUUAAUGGACUACACACCUCUGUUCAUAAGACUUUUCAUUUCAGGCCUACAGACUAAAUGAUACCCUCGAGACGGUUCAUUGGUAACCUCUAAGGUUGUCCCCAAAUGAGCCAUCUCAAAUGUUCUCCACUAAGAAGACAAGACCUUGAGGUGAUCUUCAACGUCUGCCAGUCAAUCGUACCAAUAAAUAUGGGACGAGAGCUUUUAAUGGUCAAUGUGGACACUGGACAGUCUGGAACAUACACUGUACGGACAGAACCAAACUGUUACAACUUUGUUU